AUGCCGUCACAUAUCAAUCGGCUUGUCCUUGUGGCAUCAUUAUGGGUCGUGGCUUGCGUGAAUUCAGCACAGGGGACAUCAGUAUCGGAAAUCAUAUCUUCUAUUCCCAAAUGCGCUCUUCCUUGUGUUAUUCAAGACCUGACCGAAGCAAAAUGCUCCAUGACCGACGUAGCAUCUUUGAGUGACUGCAUCUGUUUGGACACGAAGCUGCUUUCUGGUCUCUCAGAGUGCAUACAAACGUCCUGCGUUUACAGCGAUCAACUCAUUGCCAGCAGCGCGGCCGAUUCACUAUGUACGGCCUAUCCAAAGGAGUCGAGGGUGCGCGACGUCCAGAUUGCCGCAAUAGUUACCAUGGCUCUGGCCAUCCCCAUUGUGCUGGCACGCUGUGCAGCGAGAUUGCAAAUCACCAAGAAGCUGUGGCUCGAUGACUGGACGGCGCUGCUUGGGCUGGUGCUGUUAACUGCGCUUGCGGCCAUGGAAUAUAUCAGCUCUCGUAUGGGCUUUGGCAAGCACUACUGGAAUAUCAGCGCAAGCAAUGGCCCGGUUCUGUUGCAGCUCUUCUACGCCGCACAGAUCCUCUACAUCACAGUUCAGCUAUCGGCCAAGGUCUCUAUCGCCUUGUUGUUUUUCCGCUUGUUUCCUGCCAGGUGGAUGCGCUUGACGCUGAAAAUAUUCACUGCUUUCAUGAUUGGGCAUGGUCUUAUCUUCGUCAUGGUGGUGAUCUUCCAGUGCUGGCCUAUAUACUCGAUUUGGGACAAGACGGUCUCAGGCAAGUGCGUGGAUAUUACCGCGGUAGGAUACGUCGGUGCGGCCCUCAGCAUAGUCGAGGAUAUCUUCCUGGUCCUGCUGCCCAUCACAGAACUACGCAAGCUCCAGGUGUCGCAAAGGCAAAGAGUCCUCCUUUCUUUGAUGUUUGCAAUUGGCUCUUUUGCAGCAGUGACAAGCAUGAUUCGUCUAAAGUAUAUGGUCAUGUUUGCCUACACCUUUGACGCGACCUGGGACAAUGUUGAUGUUAUCAUUUGGUCUUUGAUUGAACUGUUCACGGCAGUAUUCCUCGGCAGCUUGCCGCCGCUGAGGCCUUGGUUGAUCAGACUCGUUCCCAAAGUUUAUGUCACUUGGACCAAGACGCGCACCAAUAAGUCGACAAGUGGCUUUCCUCAGAGCGGUCAUAAUGCAACUACGGACAAAGAUGCGGAAUCCAAGUCAACGGCCGCCAUUUAUGACGAGCCAUCCGCGGCUCCCGUGUACGGCGACCGCAAGACAAGCUCGUCUUCUUAUGCCAUGUCAACAAUAUCCUCAAUGAGGUCUGCUGACUGGAAUAUCACUCCCGAGUCACCUCCCUUGCUUCCGACGUCAAAGUUUCAGAACCCUACUGUUGCCAUCCCGCAAUCAGUUCGCACGCACUGGAGCGGACAGCCCGGCAACCCUACGAACCCCAACGUACUUACGCGGUCCACGAGCCAUCAUCUCAAUCGCGUAGCGUCGCAAGACUUGGAAUCAAACCAUUCCCGUGAUACGUGGUCGAAUUUGGGAGGUGAGGGGUGGACACAGUCGGCGGCGGAUCGAUUGAGUUCCAAGUUUGCGGGGCCGCGCGGGCAUUGA